AUGCUCUCAAAACGUGGAUAUCGUGUCUUAAAAUGCGGAACUUUGAAAAAGAAGACCACUUCUAUGGUUGGGCUAUUUUUCAAGAAAGAGAAAGUCAUUUAUGAAGAUCCAAUUCAAUGUCAUUUAUGUCUGCAUCGAGAAACCCUGUAUUUGGAAUGGUAUAAGAACAACGAGGACUGUCUGACUCAUCAAGGCAGGUUGCAACCACUUCUGGAUAGAACCAUCUACAAAGUUCAAGUGGAUAUGAAAGACGAGAACACUUUCGUUUUGAUAAAUACCGACAAUCCGAAGGAUGAAAGUGAUGUAGUACACUGGACAGCUCCAAAUGUUCGGCUGCGUGACGAAUGGGUGGAAGCUAUUGAAAAAGGGCUCGAAGGUCUUGGUGUUUAUCUGGGAGCCAAGCGAUCACCGUUCUACCAAUUUAACCUAAAGCCUUGGUGGAAGGAAGUUGCUGUCGAAAAAGAUUAUUCCAUGCUAGAAAACGAUAUAGAUGAGGAAUUGUGUCCGGCAAUGAUAGAAGCGAUUGCUACUCGUGACGCCGCCAGAAAAGCCUCCAUGGAAAAUUCCGCACUUUACGCGACGACGAGCAAUGGUCACAACAAGGCACCACUAGCCGUCACCAGUCCCGAAUUCGAGAUUUCCGGCUGUGAGAGCCCAAGUGAGCAGGAGGAAGUACCAGAGACCUUCGCUCCGCCUACUCCAUUUCCACGACCGACCCCGAAGAAGGAUUUUGUAUUUAACGAAAAAGAAACGGCUUCUCCCCUGGAUAUUGCUAUUCCGCCGCCGAGUCAAGAUCAAGCGGCAAGCGCGACCGGAGCCUAUGGAGUGCCGAGAGCCUAUGAUAUUCCUCGUCAUCUUGCUGCUUUAUCUCCAAGCUGUGAGAAGCGGCUCUCAUCUGCGUUGAGCACCACUAGUAUCGCCAGUAGCAGUACGGAUUCUCGUGGGUCGGCGGAUCUCAAGGAACCUCGACGAGUUUCAAUUUCAUUUUUGGCGCCAUACGUUGAAAAUGGAUACGAAAAGCCCCGCCGUUCGUCUAUGCACACGUUGCCUUCCCUCAAGCAACUUCGCGACAUUUCGAUUUCAUUAACUAUGAUGAUCGAAAAUGUGAUUAUUGUCGAUGUGGGAAGAAGGCUAUGGUUUGUCUGGUGUUUUCUCGAUGAUAGUUAUGCCUUCCCAGGGUCGCUGGCUGGUCUCGAAAAGUCGACAAUCAAGUUUCCUGUAUCUUCCGGGUCGGGGGAUGAGCUUGUGAAAGUCGGGAAAUGUCCUGUUGGCGAUCUGGAAGGCUUGCACAGUCUCUACCAUAGAGAAAUAGAAUCGCGAAAAUCAGCCCCGACAGCCCUGCAUACAUGCGUGGCGUCCCAGCGACCCUUCCCGCAUAUUUUGAUGCAGGCAAAGAUACACCUGCCGUCAUUACUGAGGAGAAAAGCCACCGACAAAUACAUCGGAUUUGCAGGUGAACCACCGGCGGCUCAACCCUACUCCCGGGACGCCGAAUUCGAGAAGCGACUGAUCUCAGUGUGGCCCGGGCAAAGCUUCACCAUUACACUUCAGCCAUACGAUUUUAUCCGGGAGCUGAAGCGGCAGCUCCGCAAAAUUCCCUAUUAUACUUAUUAUUUAGACACUGAGAAG